AGAAUGUCUGGUCCACCAGCUCAAGGUUAUAAGAUUAGCGGAGACGGAUACGCCGGAGGCGGUCCUGACGGCAGUAAAGGUCAAAAUACAAGCAUUGGCUAUCCAGGUGGAAGUGGUGAACAAGCAAACGGUCCAGCACAAGAAAUUGCAGGAACUUUGCCAAAUAACUUUAGCCUUGGUCAAACAAAGGCCGAAUCAAAGGGAGAAGAAAAUACGAUCCCCAAUCCAGAGGGUAAUAAUGAAGGAUUGAGUACUCUCGGACGAGGAGGUGAUCAAAUUCGUCAACCUAUUCAUUCUCACGAUAUCGAUAUUCCCGCACCUUCUAGCGCGGGAGCACCUCAAACAAAUGACGGUACUCGUGCACCUAAUGCUCAGAAGUAAGCAAUUUGAAUGUCUUUAUAGCUUUUGGCAAGACUUGUACCAACCUGAAUAGCAUCAGAAGAAUUUGUCCCGUAGAAGAUAUAUUUUGAUGUAAUGCGAUAAAAAUACAAUUGUACACACUCUGCUUGAAAGACGAGGGAAUGUUAUCCUUCUCGAAGAAUCUUACGUAAGGACUGUCUCUCGGGUUUGGAUACCCUCCAAAACAUCGUUUUCUUUUUAUCUGCCACUUCGAUCCGUAAAUUGUCGGGAAGUGUUGUGGAAGCUUUCGCUUUUUGAGCUAAUAUAUGUUUUGCCGUUUCGUUAAACGUUUCCCUUGUCGUCUUUUUCGCUUCAACUGGUUUAGACGCUCGCGGUGAUAAUCUUAGAG